AUGGUUGCUCUUCGGGACCCGCACGCAAUCCCCAUCACGCACGUCGUUCCCAGCACCCAUCAGAUUACCGACGCACACUCGCGACAACGCUUCUUUCGAGGGCUCAACGUCGUCUACAAGAUCGCGCCCUUCAUUCCAGUAAUAGAGAAGUUCGACCCCCAUCUGUCCUUCAGUGCCGAGGACCUCAAAGUAUGGAACAAGCUCAACUUGAACGUCGUGCGGUUGAACAUACCCUGGGCGGGUGUUGAGCCCGAAAGAGACAAGUACGAUGAAGACUACAUCUUGAAAGUGAGGGAGCUGGUUAGGAUGUGCGCUAAGGAGGGCGUCUGGGUGGUGUUGGACGCCCAUCAAGAUAUCUACGGCGAGCGUUUCUGUGGAAACGGAAUGCCAGAUUGGAGCAUCACCAGCGACAAGGGAUACUUUGGUACCUGGGCAUUCCCACGUCCUAUCAAGCCCUGGCCAGCGCAGUACAACACAGAAUCUAGGUUCCCGUUGAUCGGCACACCGGCUGUAAAAGAGUACGAUCUGACAGGGGAGAAUUGGGGACCUUUCUACGCGAGCGAUGCAUGCACGAGGGCGUUCUGGGGACUUUAUUCCAAUCAGCAAGGGGUCCGUGACCAUUUCUGUGAGGCGUGGAGACGUGUUGCUGUUGCGAUGAAAGAUGAGCCGAACCUGUUGGGAUACACAAUCAUGAACGAACCUGCUGUCUCUGCGCGCUCCUUCCUCCGCUGGCCCUACAACUUCUUCCUCAACAAGGCUGCGACAGAGCGCGGCCAUCUUCUGCAGCUAUACGACGCUGUCGUGGCUGCCAUCCGUUCCGCCGACCCCGAGCACUUAAUCUUCUUCGAGCCCGCGUGCGGAAACUCAGGUGGCCAUUUCCCACGUGUGCCGGGGUGCGCACCCGUGAAGGGGGAGAGCAAAGAAGAGCAGGAGAAAAGGGUGGACGCGGCGAAGGGGAAGAGUGUCCUCAGUUGGCAUUAUUAUCCCACCCCUUUGGAGCCGGAUACAUGGGUCGCGGUUUUCACCCGAAGGGAUGGCCAAGUAAGGAGAUUGGGGUGUGGGGCGAUGUUGACGGAGUUUGACACCGGGUUCGAUGGUGGCAAGAAACAUGAUCAUGUACUGGGCACCUUUGAAGCAUGCGACAGACAUCUGAUCUCCUGGAUUGGUUGGCAGUAUAAGAAAUAUUUCCAUGUGUCUGGCUGCCCAACCGAUGGCUGUCUCGUCGAGCACGAGUCCGCCACUCCAGUCGUCCGCCCACUCUACGCCAAGCUCUUCUCUCGCACUUACGCCUCCGCCGUAGCCGGCGAGCUCAAGUAUCUGCAUCACGACUACGCCACGUCGAGCUUCUCGAUGCACUAUGUUCCGCUGGGCACGGGUGAGGAGGCAGUGACAGAGAUUAAGAUAAGCAAGGAAUGGCAUUACCCGCAUGGGUACGAGGUGCGGCUUGAGGGCGAAGGGAUGCGCUGGGAGGAGCUUGAUGAACAGACCAUUGGUAUAUGGGCUAAGGAGGGAGCAGAGGUGGUUAAAGUCUUUGUUGACCCGAAGCCGGCUCUAGAUGUUCAGGCUGCGGAGGCUGAGGCUGCAGGGCCUGCGACGGCAGCUACAGAGGAUGCGGCAAAAUGAGUGGAGUGCUUUGCGCAGGACUUCAUGACGGGACUCUUCCUACAUACAUGGCCGUUCCAUAGACUUCAUUUGAUAGCCUUCGAACCCUCAUAUUGCGCCAAAACCCCAUUCCGCUGCCGCACCACACCUCUAUCCUU